GGAGUCCUAAGAGGAGGGAGUUUAUGGUGGCGAAGCGACCACUGAUCCAAGUCAAGGGCUCCCAACAAAAUAAGAAACUCUCGAGGCUGAGGUGGGGAAAAAUGGACGCUGCUGCUUUCUCGCCAACUGACGGGAUCCAAGUUCGCAAGUUUACAGUGGGUAAUCUUUUCUUCUAUCACGGCUGGCUGUGUAGGAUCGAUCUAGUGGAACUCAGAUUUCUCGGUAAUACAAGCUUCCAAGCCGCCGGUUUGAUCGAUCGUUUUCUAUAAUAAUCCUAAUUGCUAAGCUCUUGAUGUAGGGUAAGAUGAGAAGGGCGCUAUUGCUGUUGGCGCUCUUCACGGCAGCGGUGGCGGCGUGCAAGCAUGGCCUUUCCGUCCACGCGCGGGGCUGCGGGAGCUCCUCCAACGCCACAGCCGAGGUAGAGGACGCAAUGAUGUCGUUCCUUUGCGCCAUCGGCGACACGGUCGUGACGGCUCCUCCCACCGACGUGGUGCGCCUCCAAGGCGCGUAUCUCAUCCUGGUGGAGAUGCCAGGAGUGGCGAGCAGCGACGUAUCAAUCAAGGUGGAAGCAGUAGAGGGCUCUCAUCUUCUCUCCAUCGCUGGCGUCUCCCACGACCAGGAGCCAGCCGAGUUCUCCGUCCGUGAUCGCGGUGCUUUCACCAAGCUGUUUGCUCGCAAGUUCAUCCUCCCCGGGCACGCCGACGCGGCCAGGAUCAGCCACCGGAUUGAGAAUGGUCUCUUGCGGGUGACGGUGCCGCUUGUUCCAGGAUCCGAGCUAGUACAAGACUUGGUGGAGCUGGAGCCUCGGAGUGAUGAGGCUCAUUCCACGGCUCGUGGGCUGCGAGCUCCGCCCAUGGGCCACACCAUCGAAAACGCUGAUCGACUCGUCCGACCGGAAGCUCUCGUUGCCACCAAAGUUGGUGCUUGCGUCCAUGACCCGAGCGUGAUCACAGUGUCGCCACUGGUGGACAUCUUGGAGCUCCCGGAUUCGUACGUGAUCGUCGCGGAGAUGCCUGGCGCGCAGUCGGCUCAGGUGGAAGUCACUUGCUCGUCCGGGGGAGGAGGAAAAGAUGGCGAAGAAGCAGCAGCAGCAGCUCGGGAGAUCCGGGGCAUGAUGGAGCGCGACGGGUUCUUGAAGCUGAUGGGAGAAGCGCAAGGGACUGGUUGCAUCGCAUCCAUAGCCGGCGUUGCUCGGGACGAGGAUGGCGGCCACGCAGUGAGGCUGGAGCGCGGAGGAGCGAGCACCAAAGUGUUUGCUCGCAGGCUUUACUUCCCUCACAGGUAUGUGGAGGACAGGGCGAGCUACAACUUGACUGGCGAUGGCUUGCUGAGGGUGGCACUGCCCAAACGAGUUCCCAGCCUCUGGGAAUCGGUGAUGGAGUUUUGGCACAAGGAUGUUUGCGACUACCUGGUGUCACGAUGUAGCUGGGACUGUCCUCUUCUUUCGCUAUGUAGAACUUAUCGCACUAUCCUACGUUGAUUCGAUCCUAUCC